GUAAAUUUCUAAAUUUUUUUUUUUGCUUGUACAUUAUGAACAAACGGAUUCAACUCUCUUGAUCGCUUACAUCUUACUAAGAUUGGUUUAUAACAUCUCCCCGUGUCCUAGCCACUACAAACAGGAGUAGGAAAAAACAAACAAACCUAGAGUCUACUCUAAUACACUGUGUGAGCGGAUAUCAGCCGCCAACGAGUUAAGCCCGCUCGCCGCGGAUACGAGGUGCCAGCUGGAUGUCUUUUGGCAUGAUGGUGACUCUUUUGGCGUGGAUUGCACACAAGUUGGAGUCUUCAACUCCCACUGGUGGGAAAGCCCCCCGGAAGCAACUGACCACCAAAGCAGCCAGGAAAAGUGCGCCCUCCACUGGGGGAGUGAAGAAACCUCAUCGUUACAGGCCUGGCACCGUGGCCCUUCGAGAGAUCCGGCGGUACCAGAAAUCCACUGAGCUGCUGAUUCGCAAACUCCCGUUCCAGCGUCUGGUCCGUGAAAUCGCUCAGGACUUCAAGACGGAUCUGCGGUUCCAGAGUGCUGCCAUCGGAGCCCUGCAGGAAGCCAGUGAGGCUUAUCUCGUGGGUCUCUUUGAAGACACCAACUUGUGUGCAAUCCACGCCAAAAGAGUCACCAUCAUGCCAAAAGACAUCCAGCUGGCACGUCGUAUCUGCGGCGAGCGGGCUUAACUCGUUGGCGGCUGAUAUCCGCUCACACAGUGUAUUAGAGUAGACUCUAGGUUUGUUUGUUUUUUUUCUACUCCUGUUUGUAGUGGCUAGGACACGGGGAGAUGUUAUAAACCUAUCUUAGUAAGAUGUAAGCGAUCAAGAGAGUUGAAUCCGUUUGUUCAUAAUGUACAAGCAAAAAAAAAAAAUUUAGAAAUUUACAAGACUUGGAUUUUUUUGUUUUGUUUUUGUAA